CAUUCCUAUCCAGCGCCCAGGUCAAACGCGACGACAGGGGAUCGUCAAUUCUCAUUUCCUUGUACCUAGGGUCUUUCUUUGUAUACCCACUUGACCUCUACAGCCUUUCAGUGGCAAAACCCCUCCCUGCCGCGAACCGGUACUGAACAGCCCGACCUUGGUUGCUCCUCAUCCAAUCCGAAUACCCUCGAUACCACAUCAGCCACGGACGCCUCCGGCUUUGGUCGACAAAAAGUGCUUCUGAACAUUGGAGGGACCGGUUACCGACCCGCAUAUCUCUAGGAAUCCUGUUUCCUGUUGUGCCGACUACUACAGGACCGACAAGGAAAAGAUUGUGGCAAGACGAGUCCUGCAAAGUCGUGCUCGUCACGACCACGACACUAUCGCUACCUGUGUUCGAGCAAAGCAAUUGCUCUGCUCGAAAUGUUUUUCUUUCUCUCUUCAUCAGACCCAGACUGGCUAGCACACUUGGCUACCGGCUCCUGGCGCUGACAUUUUCGUUUCUCAAACAGACUUCAUCUGUUGAGCAUUUCCUAUUUUUCUUCUUCAAAUGAUCUCCACAACCAUAUGCCAUGGACUUCAACGAUGGAUCAACUUUCGCUCCUUCAACAGGCUCGCGAAAGAGACCCAGACCUUCAUAUCUUGCAGAUCUUUCUGCCCUCGAGCUUGAGUACGGACCCAUGGCUGAGAGGCGUCCUGCGACAGCCAUUUCCUCUGGCGCCGAUACCGAGAGGAGUAAACGGCCAAAGCUCUCAUUCGGAACGCCGGGCCUUAGCUCUCCUGCAGGCCCCAAGACAGCCUCUUUGCGCCAGCCUUUGAAGCUGGCGGAGCUACCUUGCGAGAUCCUGCAGCACAUUUUCGCUUUUGUUGAUCCCAUUUCUCUUGGACGGUUGAUCUGUGUCAACCGCGCCUUUCGUUCACUUCUUGAUCCCGCAUGCCUACUGCCACAAAAAUCUGCAUCUAGCCACUCCAUGCAUCUGACCAUGCGGAGUCAGGACCUUGUCUGGGCCGCAUCACGCAGAUCGUUCCUCCAGGGGUUUCCAAAGCCGAUGGAUAAAAUGACAGAGCUGGAAAUGUGGAGACUCGUUCGAGGUCGCACAUGCCAAUUCUGUGGGAAGAGAACCGCUCAACUGCAGCGACCGUCGGUUCCUGAGCCCUGGGAUGCCGGGCCUGGUCUGCAUGGCGUUCGGUCUAUCUGGCCAUUCAGAGUCAGGACUUGUGGCCGUUGUCUGCAGCCCAGGCUAAUAAAGGAUGCGGAAUUGAUUGUCUCUACUUAUUCGGCAUUGAGGCCCGGUUUGCCUUUCGCGAUUCUGACACAGGAGCUGAAUUAUAUUCCAUCCGCAGUGAUCCAGCAAAAGCCACCGCCACCACACCUCGAGCUGGUCAAAUACUAUUUCCGUCCUCAAUUCGAAGAACUUCAAUCCGAGUUCCAUGAUGUAAAGGCUUUGGGAGCCGCUGCAGUGGCAGAAUGGUAUAAAGGCCUCGAGACUGUUGGACAGCAAAGUAACGCCGACGCCGCCCGUUUUGAGCAAUGGGAAAUCCAAGGUGGCUUUUCCAGGGCGCCCACUGUAAUCGGUCAAAACGGAAACAGGGUCCUUACUCCGUCAAUGAGCGUUACGAGCCAAGCAGACCUCAUGCAAAUAUUUGACAAUGUGCAACAAACUUCUGGGAACUCUGCUAUUGGAACACCCUCCUCUGGAAAUGUAGUUUCGGGACUUUCCACUCCUGGCAUAUCUGAGGAUUCUCGGCACGCAUCCAAUCAAACCCAAGGAUGGCCCUUGGCACACUUCUCUGCGGCCCCCGGUCAUCAGCCCCUUGGAGCUGUCAGUGCACUUGCCCAUCCAGGGCCGCCUGGCCAAACGCCAGUGCGUCCUCCACGUCAAAAAACGGAGCGUAGUUUGAAGGAGGCAAAAGAGACAAGGGCUGAACGCCGAAAAGACAUUGAGAGACGCUGCCUUGCCCUCGAUCCCCCAAUAAUGCCGUCAACGCUAACGUACAUGGAUGCGUUUCAGGCUGCGAUCUUGAUCUCGCGUCCACUCAAUGAUAAGGCAUGGGAGAUGUUGAAACCUCGUCUUCUGGCUCAACGUACCGAUGCAGAACACCGAGAGAGCAGAUUUGCACUGAGGGACCCGACCAUACAACUCCAAAAGCGUCAGCAACUGGAAGAAGAGCAGCGUGUUGCCCAGGCAAAUGCAAGCCACAUGUGGUUUGAAUUGAAGGUCCCUGCAAGAGAUAAACUACAGAAAUAUGCCCAAGAUUUCAUCCAUCAGACGUGGUCGGAUGGUCGUGCGGUCACAAGGGCGACUGCAAGCAAGUUCGCUGCAGAAGUUCUCUGUCAUGUGCGACAACGCUUCGACGAGGUGGUUGCCCAAGAAGAUCGAAUGCUCGAACUGAAAGGGACCGCAUUUCCACAGGAUCAGGCGUCCCUUGCCUGCAGGAAAUUAAGACUUGAGGACAUGAAAUGGGUCUAUGAAGAAUUUGUGAGGCCUUACACGGAGAGCUUUGGAAAAGCCCUUUUCCUUUGCCAUGUGUGUGAUACCAACCAAAAGCUAUUCGCAUUCGAACCGGUCAUCCAGCACUUUGCUGCGAAACAUACGGACUCUCUCAGCAGCGGCAACAGCAUCGUGUACUGGAAGGCCGAUUGGCCCCUCGAGCCCCCUUUUGAUCCACAUCCGAACGUCCUAUGGGCUCUGGAUGUCUCCGGCAGUAUGUCUCGUACACUACCACCGCAGCAAGCCCGCCAAAGCUUCCCCUCCCGUGGUCCACCCUCGUCUGUCGAAGGUGGACCUAAAGGUCCAACAACAUAUUCCCAACCUGACCCGUCAUCACAGUGGUUCGCUGACCCAUCACGACGCACCAGCCAAAACACGUAUUCAGGAUCAAUGAGAACGGACUCGCUCAAUGGCGGGCGCCUCCCUCCAGCGCUUGAAAAAGGUGGUAUUAGGGGGAGCGUUGCUGGCUCCUCCAUUGCCAGGUCCGAAGUUUCUCGAUAUACCAAUGAAGAUGAAUAUGGCGCCCGUUAUCAUCCCCGGGCAUUUGCACACCCAGACAACUCAAAUGUUCAAUACUACCAGGGGACAUUUACUGGGGGUAAGGCUAGCGACGAAAUGGACAGGAGUCAUUCAAGCAGACCCGCAACCCGACGGGAGGAACACCUCCAUCAUUUCGACACUGGACGUGGUUGGGAAGGCUGGAAGCGAGAAGGCCCGGUUUCCCACGGUUCCAUGAUCUAUUCGUAUGGAGACGGCUCUUCGAGGUUCUCGUACGGAGACUCUUUACAAAGAGACGGCGGUACCUCAGUGGAUGAAGCAUCUGAGACCGGGAUGGGUAGCAAAGCCACCAGUCGCAUCUCUCUACGGCGGGAAGUAGCAUCAGAGUCAAGAGCGCCAACCAGCGAGAUCGAGACGUCGAGAGUUGAAACUCAUCAGGCCGCAACCGACGCAGCUGUGGAGAAUUUCCUCAACAACUUCAGCCCCAUGGUUGAAGAGAGCACGGAUAGCUCAAAGGACGUUGCCGCAACCGUGCCUGCAAUUGGCCUACAGCAACCUCGCAGCGUGCCAGGACUACACUCGGCUGAUGUUUAUUCUCAGCAGCACGAAAACUGGCAGGCCUUAGACAGCCGCCCUAUGGGCCGUGUCUCUCCUACUUCCCGACACAGACCUGCUCUGCCCAUCAGAGAGCUCGAACGGCCUGCUUUGUGGGCUGAUGACCCUCCAGCACAAUUCCGCUAUAACCCUUUGGCUCCAUCAGAUCGCGACCAUGAGAUAAGCCGGGAACUGGCUCAUGGUGGCAUAUACGGGGAGAGUUCCGGACGAACACUCCAAACCCGCUACGAUGGUCAAAAUGAGGGUAUGCGAGACGCGGUUCCCACCUACAAUGUGCCUUCCUACGACGCUCCAUAUUUCUACGGUCCAGACGGAAGACGAUAUAUAGAAGUAUCGGAACCAAGCAUGGAGAGGUAUGCAAUUCGACCGGACGAUUUUCCAGAUCGAUAUCACCAACGUGGGGAAAUUGGUGGCGUACAUUACUUGAACAACAGACAAUAUUUUCUAGAUCGCCACGUCGAACACGACGACCGUGUCCGUGCUACCUCUAGGGAUUAUCGACUUGGUGGUAAUGAUUACCACCCUGCUCAGAAUCGAGGGCCGUCUUUGGAGUAUGAUGGUCGCUACCCGCAUGAGGACAUUAACCUUGAACCACGCGCGCGAAGUGGAAGAAUCAGCACGCGGGAGAUUACUUAUGAGCCAAUCGACCAACCAACGCGGUACACUCCGCGAUCCUUUGGCGCAAGUCACCCUGGGGAAUGAGCGCUCUUUGCUCUGAGGAGUUCUAAUCGGACCACCCGAAUUCUUGACCGAAAUACGUGGAGGUAAAGCUGACGGAUUUUCCUUUAUGAUCUGGCAAGACUCCUUCAAUUUGGAGGCUCGGAUUUUGCUUUGGGAGCAAUUGGGAUAUGUUGCAUGGCUCCAUCAGGGUCGGCAUGCAUACUGCUUUCUUUGUUGUUUUGAAGAGAUACCCCUUUCACGUUUGUUUCAAUGACGGAACGUUCUCCUGGCUCUUGGCUAUCUAUAUAAACUUGUACUGUCCUGCAACCGGACAGCUCUCUGUCCGUUCUUUUGAAACUCAAAUACCUGCUAUCCGUCCUUGGAGUUGCCCUCAAUGCCUUCGAGUAGCUUGGGUAUUACAAUCAUUUCCUCUAUA